AUGGCACAGUCGACACUAUUUCUUGUAAUUUCGAUAGCAACGAUAGUGGUAAGCGCAGAGCCCACACUGAAAUUUCCACCCGGCUUCAAAUUUGGAGCUGCCACCUCUGCGUAUCAGAUUGAAGGAGCCUGGAAUGUUAGUGAUAAAGGGGAGAGCAUAUGGGAUAGGUUCACGCACACUCUACCUGACCGCGUGUAUAAUGGCCACACUGGAGAUAUAGCGUGUGAUUCAUACAACCAAUGGAAGAAAGAUGUCCAAAUAGCCGCUGAGUUAGGACUCCAUCACUAUAGAUUCUCUAUAUCUUGGACUCGUCUAUUGCCGUCUGGUACACCCAAUCAUAUCUGUGAAGAUGGCAUUAAGUAUUACAAUGACUUGAUUGAUGGCCUUUUGGAAAAGGGAAUCGAACCUAUGGUCACCAUAUACCAUUGGGAUUUACCGCAGCGCUUACAGGAUCUAGGUGGUUGGUGCAACCCCCUAAUAACUGAUUGGUUUGCUGACUUCGCGAGAAUCGUAUUCUCCAUAUACGCUGACAGGGUGAAAUGGUGGAUUACCAUAAACGAGCCAUUGAUUAUAUGUGACUUCCCAUUUAACACUGGACAGAUGGCACCAGGAAUUAUAGACCCUCAGAUUGGCUCUUAUUUGUGCACAAAACACACGCUGUUAGCUCACGCAAAGGCUUGGAGAAUUUACGACGAAGAGUUCAGACCUAAGUUUCAUGGAAAGGUGUCAAUUGCGAACCAGCUGUUAGCAUAUGAAGAGACAUCUCCAGGUGAUAGAGAACCCGUAGAAUUGAUCAGUCAAUUAUCGACCGGAAUUUAUUCACACGCCAUCUACUCCAAAGAAGGCGGUUGGCCUCCUAUCAUAGAAAAACUAUUUGCGGAAAAAAGCAAAACAAAAGGCUACCCUCGCUCUAGACUUCCCGAAUUUACUAAAGAAGAAAUAGAAUUAGUUCGAGGAACCUACGACUAUUAUGCUCUGAAUUACUACACGGCCCGUGUAGUGAGGUUUGCGAGACCAGGAGAGGAGGCGGGUCCUUGGCCCGUGUUUGGUUCACCAGAACUUAAUAUAGUAGCUAAUGUUUUACCCGAGUGGAAAACUACAGUUGCUGAUAUAUUUUUUAUUUACCCGCCUGGUCUCAGACACUUGUUGUCUUGGUUGAAGAAAAAUUAUGGUGAUAUACAAAUGUUCAUCACUGAAAACGGUUACCCGAGCAAUGGUGAUGAGAAGUUGGAUGAUGUGGAGCGCGUGCAGUUCACACAUGAUCACUUAGAGCAGGUGCUUCUGUCAAUAAAUGAGGAUGAUGUUGACGUCAUCGGGUACACGGCCUGGAGUCUCAUAGACAAUUUCGAAUGGCCUGAGGGGUACAGAGUUAAAUUCGGCUUAUACGAGGUGAACUUUGAAGAUCCCGAGAGAACUAGAACUAAACGAAAAUCUGCGGAGUACUAUCAAAGAGUCAUUGAACAACAUGCGCUGAUUCCCAUCAAGCAACCCUAUGAUGAACUAUAA